UCCUUACAUACAGAGCAGGAGAUGUGUUGGUUAGGAACAACUGACCAGUAUUUAAAAGUGAAGAUUUUUGUGACUGUUUAACCUUAACGCCCUAUACUGAACUAAGAUUAGUUGUCUUGGAAAUACUACUUUGGGGCACCCAAAUCUAUCUCUGGAACCAUGAAAAUAUUGCUGGUUUUUGACUUUGAUAGUACAAUUGUAAAUGACAAUAGUGACACCUGGAUUGUACAGUGUGCUCCAGAGAAAAAGCUUCCUAUUGAACUACGAGAUUCUUAUCAAAAAGGAUUUUGGACAGAAUUUAUGGGCAGAGUCUUUAAGUAUUUGGGAGAAGAAGGUGUAAGAGAAGAUGAAAUGAAAAGAGCAGUAGCAUCAAUGCCUUUCACUCCAGGAAUGCUGGAACUUUUAAAUGUUAUAAGAAAGAAUAAGGAUAAAUUUGACUGUAUCAUUAUUUCAGAUUCAAAUUCCAUCUUCAUAGAUUGGGUUUUACAAGCUGCCAAUAUUCAUGAUGUGUUUGAUGUAGUAUUUACAAAUCCAGCCUCUUUUGAUAAUAAUGGUCAUCUCACUGUGGAAAAUUAUCAUUCUCAUUCUUGCACUAGGUGCCCAAAAAAUCUUUGCAAAAAAGCAGUUUUGGUAGAAUUUGUAGAUAAACAGUUACAGCAGGGAGUGAAUUAUAAACGGAUUGUUUAUAUAGGUGAUGGUGGAAAUGAUUUCUGUCCAGUAAGCUUUUUAAAGACCAAUGAUGUUGCCAUGCCACGGAAAGGAUAUACUUUGCAGAAAACUCUUUCCAGAAUGUCUCAAAAUUUUGAUCCUGUAGAAUCCUCUGUUGUAGUUUGGUCUUCAGGUAUUGAAAUAAUUUCUCAUUUACAAUUUCUAAUAAAGAAGUAAUAUGCCAA